CAUGUCAAAUUGGAAGUAGUAGAUGAAGUCGAGGAACAAGAAGUUGACAUGGUACAUGCAGAUUUUGGGUUCUUUGACCCCAAGCUGGGGGAUUUCAGUGGGGUGAAGCUCCUUCUUCACAAUUACCUCGACAACAAGCCAUGGGACCUCAGUGGUUUUGUGGAUUUGAUCUUGGAGCAGACGACUGAUGGUACAGUUGUCAAAUUGGAUGAGCAAGAUGAAGUAGGACAUACAGACGACGAUGAUGAUGAUGAUGCAGGACCUUUUGGUGUUAUCACUGCUCUUAAUCUGCAAAGAUACCAGGAUCACAGAUGCAUUAAGGAACUCCCAGAGUUCUUGCUUGAAGCAUGUACUGAGGAAACCACAAAGAAAAAGCUGAAGACAUAUUUGGAACGACAAGCAGGUGAUGUGGGCCUUUUAGUUUCUCAACGCUUUGUCAACUGCCCCUACCAGUUAGUGCCUCCAUUGUAUGAUGCAUUGUUUGAUGAGAUAUCAUGGGCAACUGAAGAUGAGCCAAUGCAGGAGCUUAGGGACUCCUUCUGUUUCAAGUAUUAUGUGUUGGUUACUAGAAUUUUUGAGAGCAAAACCAUCAACCAAAGCAAGGCAAACUUGAAGGGUGAUGAUGAUUUUAGCGACUCUAUAAUAUAUACCAAGCCAGAGGAUGAGAUUUUUCGAGAGAUACAAAAAGUUUGUUCUAUACUACAGAUGAAGAACUACAAGGAGAAGGGGCUGGCCAUGGUUAUAGAUGCUAGCGAAGUUUCUAAGAUUCGAGAGAAGUUGAACUGUUUACUGACUGAAUGUUGACACUCGCAAGAACUAGGCCCACAUCAAAAUCUGUCCAACUAUUUAUAAUUUUCCUUAAGCAGGUAAACCAAUUUGCAGUUUAUCCAGCCUAGCAUGGCAAAUCAGUUGAAGAUUUUUGUGGCCCUGGUCAACAUCGCACUCCUUUUCUGACAUUUAUCCAUGCAGCAGUGAUGGGCUUUUUAAUCUGUUUCUUUCAGAUUGACAGUUUUUUUCUUAAUUUUCAAAAACAAAAUUGUAAUGUUUAUCUGUUCCAGAUCAGAAGUUUUUUUUCCCAUUAUCCAUUUCUUGUUUACCUUUGCAAAAUGGAUUUUGUACCUGUCUUGUGAUAGUAGGGGAUU